AUGACGCCAAAAGACCCCCAUGAAGAGAUGCAGUAUGGCAUGGAACGGAUCCACAACGCGAUCCGGGUGGCCUACGAGCAGAUCAUUGCCGUGGCGCGCGAGAGGGACGAAGCGGAGCUCAAGCGCGACCUCAGCGCUUGGCUCGGCUACGUAGGCGCAUGGGUAGAGCUGCUGAGCCACCACCACGACGUGGAGGAGAAAGCCAUCUUUCCACGGCUCAAAGAGAAAGGCUGCUACGUAGAGUCUGAGAUCGAGCAGCACCGGGCGCUCCAUCGGCAUCUUGACGCCAUGGAGGCCGCGCUGGCCGCAUGGAAGGCCAAUCCCGCCACGUACUCGUCUGCACGGCUUGUGAGCCUAUUCGAGGCCGCCGACAAGGAUCUCUUUGAGCAUCUCGACGACGAGGUCAACAAGCUGCUCGACCCAGUCAGCCUCCGGAAGCAUCUCAGCGCGCAGGACGUCAAACACAUCAACGAUGUGGCCCGCAAGGAGGCAGGCAGCAUUGGGAACCCGACUCUGGACCUGCCAUUCCUUGCUGUGCACACGCCUUCGGGAGAGCACAAGAACUUUCUCGGUCUGCCGCUCCCCGUUCGAUACAUCCUGCUGCCCGUUUGGUACUGGCAGCGGUCGCAGAUCUGGAAGUAUGCACCCUAUGGUCUCUUCUAG